GUGACUGCUUCAGUGGGAGGGGCGAGAAGCUCUGGGCAGGGGGCGUCAGACCGUAAAGGCAGAAGAGCACUCGAGCGGGCUUUCUUGAGGGACUGCAAGCGCGGGGCUGUUUGUUAGCUCCGCCCAGAUAGAGGGCAGGGUCAGGUGGUGGCCCUAGCGGAGUGGGCGAUGCUGCUGCGCGUGGGCGCCGCCUUUGAUCCUCGGAGGGAUGUGGCCCCUUGGCUUUCGGAGCAGACUCCGGCAGCUGAGCUCGGAGACUGUAAUGCUGACACUUUGAGCAAGAACUUGGAAACACUGCACAUAGUAAAUGUUGAAAGAAAUGGAAACAUUGUUUAUACCUGGAAGGGCUUUUCCCUCUGGCUAUCUCCUCCAUCAGAAGCAUGACCAUCAGCCACCUGUAUCUCUUUUCUCUUCUUCUGGGGGGAAUCAGAGGCAUACACACAUUGGACUUUAUGAUCUCAGUAGCCGAAAGAAUGAGCACCUGUAUACAUUUGAAAAAGAUUUGCACGUGACUAGCUGUUCAGUAAACAAUGAAAAGACAUUGCUGGCAGCCAGUUUUCUUCAAUCAAUCAAGGAAGAAAGAGUACCUCUCUUUCAACCAGUGUCCAAAUCUCUGACCUUGCUAAUUGAAAUUAACCCAGUUAAUAAUGUGACAGUUUUAAAGGCCGUAGAUAGCUGUGUUAGAGUUCAAUUUCUAUAUCCAGUUGCAGAAACAAAUACUUGCUCAGAGAAUUGUCUCUUACUCAUUUCAGAAGACAAAUAUGUUGAAAAAGUUGACAUCAGAGUUGUCAAAGGAGGACACAAAGUGGUGAUUGAAAGUUCAAACGAUCUCCGAAGAGAGAAGAUUGUUGAUGAUCUCAUUUGGGCCCAGUGGGACAUGCUGGAACAAAGACUAUUCUAUAUUGUACUAAAGGAAUCGAGGGAGACAUUAAAUUGUAUCCAGUUUUAUCCUGAUAAAAACUUUAAACUAAUACUUGAAGCACCUUUGGACAUCUCGCUGGCUGAUAUAGAGUUAAUACUUGUGAAUUUGGACUAUGACCAAGAGAUGAUACCUAAACCUUUGAAUCUACAGGUUUUUACCAAUGAAACAGGAUGUUUAUGCAUAUGUUAUAGCUUUGCUCUUAGUCCUGGAGAACUGUCAUACUCUGUGUCCUUCCUGCAUAAAGGGUAUAGUAAAAUGUACACUGUUGCUCUGGAAAGAACAGAUUCCCUAGAAGUGAAGGAUCUGGCUUUUUUAAAUCUUGACUAUUACAUUGCUGUCUACUUGCCUGGACACUUCCUGCAUCUUCUCAACACUCGGCAUCCUGACCUGACAUGCUAUAACUUCUUUCUGACAGGUGAGGAUGCGGAAAUUAAUGGAUUGCACUCUAGCUCCAUCCUUUCUCCUCUCAAGUCUAUGGUCUUGGAUCGCAGCACAGGGAGAAUGUUUACCCUUGAAAUUAGCAAGCCAGCCGUGUUGCAAUUUCUAUGGAACAGCAAGUUGGAUAGUGAGAGACUGGCAGCACUGCACUGUGUGCUCCUGCAUAUCGGCAGUACAGUGGACUUGGAAACCCAGGUUAUCCAGUGGAUUUCUGAUAAUAUGUCAGCUUGUUUGGCGUUUGACCCCAUACAGGAAUUUAUCGUCGGUUCUUUGUAUUGGAGAAUGUGUCCAGAGGCCAUCAACCUGGAUAAACUUCUACCAUACACAUCAUUGCAAUGCUGGAAUGAGCUUGUCCCUGGAAUAAUUUGUAAAACUCACAUUAUCUCCUUACCUGUAUUAAAGGUGCAAAACUGUAAAGGCUUCUGGGGGAAACUGAGUUCAAGCUUGGAAUGUGUGAAGUAUGCAGAACCUUGCUUGCAUUUCAACAGCAAGGUGCUGAGAAAAGAAUGGGAUAAACUACUUUCAGAUGAGAGAACCGAAGAGAGAAUGGCAACAUAUAUGAAAAAUAUAUUUGAAAAUGCAAAACAGGUGCUUCACAACUUAAAUACAUGGAAUACAGAAGAAAAGCGAGUUCCUUUCUUUCAAGAUGAUGACUACCAGCAACAACUGCUAACGGGACUGAUGGUUGCACAGUUGAAAGAACAUCUUGUAAGACAUCUACAAUAUGUUGGGAAAAAGAAGAUUGACCAGAUAGCUGUGGAUUAUGUGUCAAAAUUGCUGGAUCUAAUAUGCUGGAUAAUGGAGAGUGUUUGGAAAAAAUAUAGUCUCAGUUCCUGGGUCCUCGCAUUUGGGCAGCAGGGCAGCUCGGAUGAGACUGCUGUGUUUCGCAUCAUGUGUCAGAUUCUUCAAGCUGCAAAAGGAAUGUGUUUGCCUCUUCCUCCUGGAUUUUGUACUCUGCAUAUAGGGUUGGGAGUGCGGUGUCUCCCUUCACACACAUUCCUGCAUUACAUUGACCAUGGAGUGCUACACCUGACAGAUAUGUGUGUCUUGAAACUUUUGAAAGAGCUGGAUGACACUGAAAAGAAUACAAAGCUAAAACUGAGUGUCCUCACAAGGCUUCCUAAGGCAAUUGGUCACAAGGUUGGUCAGCAGUGGAAUCAUUCUGCCAGCUCCAACAAUACCGCAAGGAACUAUGUUAAACUCUUGCUUGAGAAGCUCAGGAACAAAAAGCAUAAAUUAAGAGUAAUGGACAGAUUAUCAGCCGAAACUGAGUUUCUUCCACUCCGCUAUUUAGUCAAUAUGCUGGCAGAGGCGGAGCAUCAAGGAUGGAUGGAACAAAAUAACGUGAAUGCAAGAUUUGUUGAAGAGCUAGCACUGAAACACACUACAGUGCUCUUGGGUCUUUAGUAACUGAGAGACAUGGAAUAUACAAUUACUUCAUCAGCUUCCCAGCCCUGCUACCAAGCGUACAACAAGAGAGGAGAGAGAAUUGUUGGGUUUCGAAACCAAUUUUUCUCCUUUCUUUUCAGGAGAAAUACUGACGUGCUGGUUGCUGUUUAAAGUUCAGUAUAACAAUUAUCUCAUUGUUCAUAAUGAACAUAGGAUAUGUCUAUGAAGUUGCUGUACCCCCAAAGCCGCCAUUCCUGAGGAGCUGCAAGCAUGUACCAAAGUACAAUUUAUUUGUCUGUGUUAUAAAUCAGUUUCUUCCAUGCAAGAAACUAAGUGUGAAUUGAGGAAGAAGAAAAUGACUAUACAGUACAGCAGUAAAACUGGCACAUGCAGAGGUAUAGAGGAAGGUGUAUUUAAAUAGUAUUGUAUAAAUCUUGGAUGCUAAAUAUAGUGGUCUUUGUUGUAAAUAAUGGGUUUUGUUGGAUAUAAAUCCAUCUUUCUUGUAACUAAUCUAAAGUGCUGUAUGUGUGUUGCACAUAAUUGCAGCACAAAAAAGGGAGCCAAGCUUCUGUGGGGGCAUAUUUAUUGCAAUACCUUGAAUAGAAAUAUUCUGCUUUGUUUUCUGCUGAGCAUAGUCCCAUGAAAAUUAAGGACUUUUAAAUCCCAUUUAUCUGGUGGAAGAGAGGGAAAUGUCUUCUAUUGAAAUAAAUAGAUCCUUAAAGUACUGUA